GAGUUGUGGCGCUCACAAUGCUCCCGUGACCGGGAACUGACAAGUUCAAUUUUAAAUCGCGGGCCUCUUGGAAUCAUGACUCCCACAAUGCCUUGGGCACUCGGUCGGCAGUCGCGCUGCCUCUGAAAAAAAAUGUGAGAGGUUGGUACUAAGAAGUGCCUUUCCUGACGUCUCUGCUGCUUGGACCCGCUUCUAGAGCAGUCUCUGCUUUUGCCUUGCUUGCUGCCAGCUAGACUGUGACGACAGCACAUCCACCCUCCACCUCUAGCCCAGACACCCCCAUUUCUACUUAUAAUCAAGACAAAAGCUCUAAGUAUCUGGCAUUGCCCUAGGCUGCUUUAGUUUUAAAAGAAAAGUUUGCUGAAAAAGUAAGAUCUCUUCUGCCAGGAAAUCAAGGAGGAAAAAAAAAAUCAUUUUCUCGAUUUGCUCUAAACUGCUGCAUCUGUCUAUGCCAAACUAAUCAAUACCGAUUGCACCACCAAACUCCAUUGCAAAUUCAGCUGUGAGGAGAUUCCCUUUCAGACAACUUUGCUGAAAGCAGCUUGGAAAUUCGGUGUCAAAGGGUCUGCCACGUUUUCAUGCUUGCAUUUUGGGCUCCAAAUUGGCACUGGGAAGGGGUUACUGAGAGCACAAGGCUGAUUCGAGGCCCUACUUUUAAACAUUCAUCUACUUACGAUUCUAGUAUUUCUCUAAAAACCAAAACCUCUUUGAAUUAACAGUUUCAUGCUGUGAAUUUCUAGUGGGAGAUCUUUUCCUUGAUAUUGACAACACAAUUUUCCAUGUACUUUUAAAGCAGGGAGUGGGGAAAAAAGUAUUUUGGAGGGGACACUUUCAUCAUCAUUUUACAGUUUUAUCAGUUCAGCUUUUUUUUUUUUUUGCUGUUUUUUUUUUGUGUGUGUGGGGGGUUGGUUUUGUUGGUUUCACUGAAAAAUUUAACUACCUGUAAAAUCUAAACAUGGCUGUUAGUGUCACACCAAUUCGGGACACAAAAUGGCUAACACUGGAAGUAUGUAGAGAGUUCCAAAGGGGGACUUGCUCACGGCCAGACACGGAAUGUAAAUUUGCACAUCCUUCGAAAAGCUGCCAAGUUGAAAAUGGACGAGUAAUCGCCUGCUUUGAUUCAUUGAAAGGUCGUUGCUCCAGGGAGAACUGCAAAUAUCUUCAUCCACCCCCACACUUAAAAACGCAGUUGGAGAUAAAUGGGCGCAAUAACUUGAUUCAGCAGAAGAACAUGGCCAUGUUGGCCCAGCAAAUGCAACUAGCCAAUGCCAUGAUGCCCGGUGCCCCAUUACAACCCGUGAACUUAAUGCACCAAUCAUUCCAAAAAAGAGGGGGGGAUUGCAUUUCGAGGUGGGAGGGAUCUCCAUAUCACAUCGGCAGUGAUACCAAUUAUCAGUACUAUACAGUUGAGCCAAUGUUUUCAGUUGCACCAAGCUUAGCCACCAAUGCAUCAGCAGCCUUUAAUCCCUACCUGGGACCUGUGUCCCCGAGCCUGGUUCCAGCAGAGAUCUUGCCGACCGCACCAAUGUUGGUUACAGGGAAUCCUGGGGUCCCUGUACCUGCGGCUGCUGCAGCUGCCGCACAGAAAUUAAUGCGGACAGACAGACUUGAGGUAUGUCGAGAGUACCAGCGAGGCAAUUGCAACAGAGGAGAAAACGACUGUCGGUUUGCUCAUCCUGCUGACAGCACAAUGAUUGACACCAAUGACAACACAGUCACCGUGUGCAUGGAUUACAUCAAAGGGAGAUGCUCACGGGAAAAGUGCAAAUACUUUCACCCUCCCGCACAUCUGCAAGCCAAGAUCAAGGCUGCCCAGUACCAGGUCAACCAGGCUGCAGCAGCUCAGGCUGCAGCCACUGCAGCCGCCAUGACUCAGUCGGCUGUCAAAUCACUGAAGCGACCCCUCGAGGCAACCUUUGACCUGGGAAUUCCUCAAGCUGUACUUCCCCCAUUACCAAAGAGGCCUGCUCUUGAAAAAACCAACGGUGCCACCGCAGUCUUUAACACUGGUAUUUUCCAAUACCAACAGGCUCUAGCCAACAUGCAGUUGCAACAACAUACAGCAUUUCUCCCACCAGCUAUUUUAUGACACUUCCUGCUGUAAGACCCCUUUGCCGUCAUGAUUCCAUAGAGUAAAUCUGAAUUCGAUGAAAUGACACUUGCAGUUUUGAUUUUUAUUUUUCAGCCUUUUUGUUUUCAAGGUGGAGAAUAAAAACAAAAACAAAACAAAACAACAACAAAAACUGACUCUGUGUUCCAGAGCUCUUCAAAAGUGCUCUUAUUGGUACCAAUCAGUACAUUGCUUAAAAUCAUUUUUUGCUCCUGAGCUAAUAUUGAAAUUCUCCUAAGUGCCCAGGGAGGUUUACGUCUACUAUUGAGUUAUACGUUUGUGGUUUCAGUUGAUUUCAACUUAGUGACAUAAGCAUACUCUAGUGCUAUCCACAAGGGUAUAAAAUUUAGAAACAAUCAGUCAUUUAAUUACUUGAAAAUUUAUUAUUUUUACUCUUCGUACAGAAGAAGAAAUACAUAUUAAACUUCUUAAAACCUGGAAAAUACAUAUUUCAGAAAAUACACAUUAAACUUCUCAUAAUCUGGAAUUCAACUAACUGGAGACUAAUCCCAUUUUCUCUUUCCCUCUUAACCUUUCUGAAAUAACUACCAUGGGUUCAGAGAUGUAUUUAAUAAAAUGAUUUUAUCUUACUAAUUAAAUUAAUAAAUGAAUGACGAGGUGUGUAGGUCAGAGGUCCAGCAUCAUUAGUAUAUUACCCUAUAUUGACAGUAUUUAAAUGCAUUAGGUUCAUAAUGCUGUGAGGGAAUGUGAUCACUUAUUUUUGAAUCAUGAACAAAAGAAUAAAUUACAUUCACGGUAAUUUUUACUGCUAAGCACAACUUUUUAUACAGUGUAUCUCCGAAAGCUGGCCAUCCAGAUGUAGAAUAUGUAGCAACAUUCAGUGAACCGGCGUAUCUGGAGUAUUCCAUGAAUUAAAAUAGCAUAUGCCUUAGGCGCCAUGGAUAAAAUGUUUGUACUCACGAAAUAAGAUCUAGCAAGUUGCAGUUUGUCCAUUGUAGAAUAUAAAUUAAAUCAUUUUGAUCUGUAAGGUAUUUAUGCAUUCAGAGGAGAAAAAUCUCUCAUAUCUUACAUAUUUCUCCUAUAUUUUAUAAGAUUAAAAAUUUUUUCUCAACAUAUAUAGGUCUUCGGAGAUUUCCAGAAUUUAAUCUUUUUGCUUUUAUAUAAAAAUUGCCAUACCCCUAGAUUUAUGCCAUCUUCAAUAAAUAAUCUAUCAAUUUUUCUAUAGCCAGAUCACUAAAGUUUAAAGAGAUUGUGGGUAGCUACCAUUAUCUCUUUGAAGAAAUUAAAGAUUAUUUUUGUCUGUUUAUUUUCAUUGAAUAAAACAUUGCCAUUCAAAGUGAGUGUCUUUAAAAUCUAAAAAUAAAAGAAUCUAACUUCUUCCAUAUAUUAUUUAAGGAAAUCUAACAUUUCUAUCUUAUUACAUGGGUUUUAUGUUAGUUUCUCCAACAACAUUCUGAUGACUAAGGACUUUUCUAAAUAAGCUUAACCAUUAAUUGAAUUUAUGCAAUGAUAUUUAUGACAGUAAUCCCUCCCUAGAAAGGCUUUUAGUGUGUGGAUAAGACAGAGCAAAAGAAGCUAAGUAAGGAUCAAGUUAGGGAAAAACAAUAAACACAUUCAUAAUUUGAAAUCAUACUUAUCUCUCUCUUCUAGAAACUAAGCAUUGUUAAUUUAAAUAAAAUGUGUCACAUAUAUUGAAGUGUGCUGAAAAUGUUAAGAUAUAUUUGCAUUUUAUGAUGAAUUUUGCAUCAGAGAUAUUCUAUAUUCUGUUCUUGAUAUUUCUAAUAAAUAUGAUAUGAAAUUAUUGCAAUAGUAAUAUAAGAUUACACCUAUUUGUAACCCAGUUUAAAGGGCUUAACCUUUAUUAGUCACAUAAUCAGAAGUAGGUAAAACCUUAGUCAUUCUUUUAAACUAUUGUCAUUAUUUGUCAUAUGUGCUUGAGUACAAAAAAAAUUGGCUGUAUGACAUUAGAAGGUUAAAAUGGAUAACCCAUCUUUACUUCUGCCAAACCACUUUGUCAGCCAGCCAGAAAGGAAAGAAAUGUAAUGCAGAGAAUGUAAACUAAAAUGCCUUAGGGGCCAGGCAGGAAACAUAAACAAAUGAAACAAGAAAUAAAUUAGGAACUGUAGGGCCUGGGAGGCACUGGGGAGCACAGGCCCAAUCUAAAGGGGGACGGUGAAUGUUUUGACUUAGCCUUUAAUUGCCUCAGAGGAAUAUCUGCCUGGCAGGUUGUACCUGUUGUACACUGCACAUCCUUUGUGGCUCCAUCUACUUUAUAGGGUAGUUGUGUCUCUGCCUCCCAUGCAAGCCUGCACAAUCUAAUGUAGUGGCCUUGAUGUCCAGGGUUGCCAGAUCUUGUGACUUUUUUUUUUCUUCUAGUUAUUCACCUCAUUUGGAUGUUUAUAUGUGAAAUUUCUCAAUUUUUAAAAAUUUUCCAGCUAAUCCAAUUUUUAAAUACUCUUUAAGAACUACAGGAAAUCCGUCCUACCACAAAUUGAUGUAAUCUCAUAUAUAAUACCUGGGAGAAAAGGAAGUUUAUUUUCCAAAGACUAUGUUACUCUGCAGGCAUACAGAUGAAUUAUAUGAUCAGAGCAUCCUAACUGCCCACAAUAUAAUAAUUUGGAAGGUAUAUUCUGAAGGCUCUAUUGGAACUGAAAAGAAAAUAGAAGUUAUUUAUUUUUUUGUAGCUUAGAGUUUUAGAGCUCUGUAGUCUCUUGCUUCACUAAUAACUUCAGUGGUAUGUAGGUCUAUUCAUUGAAGUUACAGUGAAGUAUAGUUGUCUAAAUCAUUAGAGGAGGUGAUUGUAUACAGACUAGGUUGCCGGCAAAAGAUCGGGGUCCAGUGGCAAGCCAGGUAGCUAGCUAAAAACAAAUUACUAUAUAUCAUAACUUUUAAUAGCAAAAGUGGACUUACGUGGCACCUACGCAUCUAUCCAUCCAUGCAUGCAUGCAUACAUCCAUUUAUCCAUCUAUCCGUCCAACCAUCUAUCUUUUCUUCCUUCUUAUCCUCCUUCCCUCCUUUGUCUCUCACCCUCCUUCCCUCCCUUCCUCUUUUCCUUCCCCGUUUUCCAUCCAUCCAUCUACCCAUCCACCCACUCAUUGAUCCAUCCAUCCACCCACCCACCCACCCCUCCAUCCAUUCACUGAAUCAAUGCCACAUGGUAGACCAGUGUUGACACUAGGGAUUACAAACUUAUGACCCAGGAGCUAAAUCUAGAAUCCAAAAAUAUUUGUCUAGGAGUGUUUAAAUAAAAACAAAAUGUCAAUCCUUUAGAAGGUCUGCAUGCUCUCCAGUUCCAAGUUCCACGACUCCCUACGGCUUCUGGCCCAGUUGUUUCACACAUUUUGUUCAAAAGAGCUACCUCUAUUGAGUGUUUGCUCUGUGCCAUACUACACUGGAUACUUUAUAUACAUUAUCUCACAUUUGUUCUCACAACAACCCUCAAAGGUUGGCAUUAAUAGUCCCAUUUUACCAGUGAGUAAUUCGGCACCUAGAGAGGUCCAGUGAUUUGCUCCAAGUUGCAUGGCUUGUAAGGUUUAGAUAGAACUUGAAAUCAGGUCGGGGGGAUCUCAGUCAGUCUCUUAACUUCUAUGAGCUUUACAUGAAGUCCUAAAAAGUGAUUUGGCCUAAAAGAUGAACGAGGCCUUAUUGAUACCCUGACUCCAUGACUGGUGUUUUAUACCCUCCAUCUCAUUUAAAAAUAAAUGCAAAUAUUAGAUUAAGUUCACAUUCAAGUUUCUUUUUUUUUUUUUAAGUUUUAGAUAUAUAUACUACCUUUUUUUUUAAAUCUUCACCCUUUAAGACCAAAUUGAAUAUUCAUACAGAUCAUGCAUAAUCUAGGGUCUACUUAGGUUGUUGGUAUGAAUUUCACCCCCAAGAUUAGAGUAGGUAAGAAAUGUCACUGUUACGUACAUCAGUUUAUUUUCUUGAAUUUAAAUUAAGUCCGCGUCUAAACUCUAAGCUCACUGUGUUGGAUAGAAAUACCAGACAUUGCUAGGAUUCCAGAACCCCCUUCUCACAUCUCCUCCCUCCCAUCCCCACCCUCAAAGAGAGGUCCUAUGAGGUCCAGUAGGGUAGACAGGCUGCCCAUUCUCCAUCUUUAGCGGGCACUGGUCACGCUGCUGUGAUCCUUGCCCAUGCUUACAGGGUCUCAACGAGGCAGGCACUCCAGAGUUCCUGAGGCUGCCUUGGGUACAGGCAUGCCUACCUGAGCGCCUUGGCCUCAUAAGCAGCCCAUUCCCUUGACAGCCUGUGCCUGUGGGGUGGUUGUGGAAGAACAGGCCAUGUGUCCCAACUACUCAUGACCCUGCAGACUCCCCCUCUCUGUACCUUGAGGAAUUUUUCUCCCUGUUCUCCCUCACCAUUUGUGCUUACUUCCUAUUCUCAAAAACACACCUCUCUUCUCUCCUCCUAGUAUACUGCCCUCAGUGUGGGCUUGUGAUUUAAAACCAUCUAAAAAUAUAUGUGCUUUAAGCAACUUCAGCUUUGGCUUAUAUUGCAAUUUACCAGAUAGAAAGCAACAGAAGGCCAGGAGAUUUUCUUUGGGGGGCGGGGAGUGAGAGGGGAGGUGCAGGGGGCUGAAAACAGAAAAAAAUUCCCAGCUUGUCACUUUUACUAUAAUUAAUGAAAUUAAUGCAGAUGGUGUACUUGAAACUCAGCAUAGUGAUUAUAAAUCAGGCUUGGGAGUUUAAAUCCAGCUCCACCACAAGUUAUAAUCUCUCUCCAUACCUUGUUUUUUUUCAUCUAUAAAUGGGGAUACUAAUGGUAAUUAUUUCAUAAGGUUGGGUUUAAAUGAGUUUUAAACAAUUUCAUAUAACAUUCUCUUAAAGCACUUUCAUAGGCAGGUCUAAGAGUUUAGAAUAAAGCCUGGAAUGUAAUAAGCACUAGGUUUUAUUUGUUAUUUCUUGAAUUCACUAAGCAAUCGAAUAGAAUUCAAAACAUAGAAACAAACUGUAUGAAGCUGUUGCUGUUUUGGAUAUCAAUUUUGAGAUUAAUUCAAUUGAUUGUGAAUUUUGAGCCCUAAGUGACACAAGUUUAGUCCUAAAUGAUACAAAUUUUAGAAAAUCCUAAAUCAGCUUUAUACUUGUAGCCAUACAUAGGCUUGAAUUACCACAUCCAAAUUCGAACCUCUCCGUUAAAAUCCUUUUUCUCUCUUCUACUUCUUUCCCUUCUCCUUGAAGUAUUCUUAACUGUGCAUGAAUCGCAUUUGUGAAUUACCUUCCUACUUGUUUUCCCUGCAUCUUCAAACAGUAAUGCAUUCCUCAAAAACACAUCAUUCUGCUGUGCAAAUAUCUUCAUAGGGGAAAUUUGAAAUUGACAAAUACAUUCACUUAAAAUUUGCCUUGUGUUGAAAAUUAAAGAAAAAAAUUUCAAUUGGCUAUUUGUGUAUCGUUAUUAGUAAAUCAACCCAAUUUGAUGUAAAGAUGGAUAUUAUGGUCAUUUCAAAGUGAUUUUUGGUUUUGGUAAGUGGGUCCUACAGCAUUAUGUCUUCAUUUUUGUGAGUUACUGCACCUGGCUAGUAUUUUCAUUGCUGCCUUAUGUUUAUUUGCUGCAAUUCCCUCUCAAAACUGUGUGCACUGGUUAUAAUGGUAAUAAGGAAGAUAACUCAAACUAAAAUUCAAAUCACAGAAGCUUUAGACAGAUAGGAGAGUUAACUCAUUUUCAGCAUGUGCAGGCUAAAUUACGCAUGGGAGAAAUAGAAUAGGCAAAUUGCAGCAUAAUAAUACACAGUAAGUUUAAAACAUAUAACCUGUACAGUAUUUAAACUGGCUUUAAUAUUCCUUGAAUACCACAUUAUUGUUUCUCAUACAUCCUCUCAUUCCUCUCUUUCCCAGUCCUCGUUUCCCACCUUGAGAGGAUAAUGAUUUCACAGCAUCUAGACUCAGGAUUAAAUUUCGCUUGCUCUACUGUCUCCAGUUAACGUCUUUGUUAUUACUGGUCUGUUUUUGUUGUUGUCUUUCACAAGUCUUUGACUCGGUAGCAGUAGCAAAUGAUGGAGAUCUUCAAGUUUCUCAAAAAAAAAAAAAAAAAUGCCUUUCAGGGUAAUAUCACUCCACCUGAGAGGAUGCCUCCCUCGCUCCUUGGCCGAGCUGAAUCACUGAUCAUUGUGCCCACGGUCUAAUUGUGAUAACAGACUAAUUGCAGCUGUUACGGGGAUGCCAGCUCAGUAAUCUGUGUUUCUCAAUGGCAGCUUUGUUUUGUAGGGCCAUCUCUGACAAGACUCAAUUGGCAGAUAUUUUUCUAACAAAUGUUCAUCCCAGAUGCUGCUAGUGUUUAAAUAGGAUGUGCCAAGAUUUAGAUAGAAAUAUAAAAUCAUUUGAUAUUUUAAAACCUAGAAAUCUAAAAUAAUCUCAGAGAAAGAACAGUAGUUCUUUAUGUGGGGAAGUGCCCGGUGCUUGGUAAAAACAAAAAAAAAAACAUUUUGUACUGUUUAUAUGUAAAAGAGAACAGGGCCUAUAUUUGUAAUACUUUAACACCAUGGUUGGAACAAUGGAAGCAUCACUGUUAAGCCCCCAUAUGCGAUGCAGAUACCUUCAUUAUCUCCCAUUCAGGGUUUUCACUGAAGUCUAAUCAACGAUUUUUUGUAUGUGCAAUUUUCUAGAACGUUUGCUGUUCUAGGAAGUCCUGAAGGUCUAACCCAGCAGUGAAAACCAGCCUGUUUCCCCAGAUACCUAUUAAGCAAACCACUUUGAGACUUAUAAGUUAGAUCCCCUCUAAAGGUUUUUUCUACAUUUAAAUUCCAAACAAAGGCAAUGCAGAAGUUUCACUUUCUCUUUAUGCAUAAUUUAUUGCUUGGUAUCCCUCCAAAUAAAAUCCCUGUGCGGAUGGAUGAUCGCCACCCCUUCCAUGUCUGUGUGGUUGCUGCUAGAGUGAGCAGGGAAAUAAAACCAAGGGAAUGAAAAUGGAUAUUUUGGUUUUAUUACAUCGUUAAGCCAGUUUUGUGCAUUGGAUUAUCUAGCAUGUUAGUAAUAAAUGGUUUCUCUAAUUAUUUAACAUGUGCGCAAUAUAAAGAAAAUGUGUAAUACAGUCAUAUGCUAAAGUCAGGAAUAGCAAAGCCGCCAGAUGGCUAGUAACCAGAUUAAAACAAAACAAAUCACAAUACGAUUUUUAAAAAAAUGAAGCAAGUCCGAACUUUUCCCAAAAUACUUUUAUUUUUAGGCAGCGAUUAGAAACAAAGUGUACCAGCACACAGUUAAACUGGCUUUUAUUCUUCACCUGAGACUAGUUCUAAUUGAUCACUGUGCUAUUGUAUGAUUUGAUUGUGCUGACAGUUACAUGCCACUGUUCCCAUAAUAACAAUUUUUCUUCUUUGUUCAAAUGAAUUUCCUAAUGACACGUGUGAUGGGAUGUUUUAAUUCUUUUCCCUUUUCAAAUCCACCUUCCUGUUGCAAUGCAUGAUGGGCAGGCUCAAUAUUGUGCAUGACACCCGCUGCAAGUGUUGGUA